AUGACACCAUCGACUCCCACGAAACUACACCAAUGGACAAAACUGAGAAAAUUCUCGGCAUCCAGUGGAGCACAACAACCGACACCCAUCUGCCUACCUUCAGUUCAAGAACAAGUAUCACAUCCGACAAAGCGUCACGUGUUGAAAAUAGUUGCAUCCAUCUUCCCCCUUGGGCGUCAUCUCUCCAGUCACCGUGAAAGCGAAGAUCUUCCUUCAGAGCUUAUGGAAAGACAACUUGCAAUGGGAUCAAAUUUUGCCUUCUCACAGUCAACAACAGUGGAACGACAUUACCAGUUCAUGGACGACCUUAUUCCUCGAAAUACCACGACGACUCCUCACAGCUUCAAAGCGCCGGAUCUCAUCCCAACUACACAUCUUCACGGACGCUUCACAAGCCGCCUAUUGCACUGUCGCCUACCUACGAUCAACAACCGACAAAGGAGCAGAUAUCAAACUCCUUAUGGUAAGAAUACGACUAUCUCCGCUACAUAG